UUGCUUUAAGGAUCAUUUCAAUCUCCUUCUUAUACCAAUUCCCUAGAGUCCUUAUCACUCACACUAUCUCUGUCCUUCUUUACAGCGGAUAACUGGGAAACCAAACACAGGAAGCAUUUGGGACACAAUGGAGGCCCUCCUAGACAUCAGGAAACCCACAGAGAAGAUGGAGAUUCUGCCAGAGCAAGGCCCUACAAAUGCAAUGUAUGUGGGCAGUGUUUUACCCAAAAUAUGGGACUUACACUUCACAACACACUCAGUGCUGGGAAAAACCAUUGUAAAUGGAAAGUAUCAGCAAAAUGUAUUGCUGAUUACAAACUGCCAGAUCUGGGUCAAGAAAACAUAUUUAAAGGAACCGAGGAUUUCAUAAGCCAGGAGUGUGGGAAAUCUUUUAUCCAGAGUUCACACUCAGAGAGCCACAAAAGACUCCACACAGGAGAGAAGGCAUACCAAUGCCAGGAGUGUGGGAAAUCUUUUGCUGUGAGUUCAGGCUUGGUGAACCACAAAACAGUCCACACAGGCAAGAAGCCAUACCAAUGCCAAGAGUGUGGGAAAUGUUUUACUGUGCGUUCAGCCUUGGUGAGCCACAAAAGACUCCACACAGGAGAAAAGCCAUACCAAUGCCAGGAGUGUGGGAAAUCUUUUGCUUGGAGUUCAGGCUUGGUGAACCACAAAACAGUCCACACAGGCAAGAAGCCAUACAAAUGCAUGGAUUGUGGGAAAUGUUUUACUCACAGUUCAGCCUUGGCAAGUCACAAAAGAAUCCACACAGGGAAGAAGCCAUACCAAUGCCAGGAGUGUGGGAAAUGUUUUACUCAGAGUUCACACUUGGUGAGCCACAAAACACUCCACACGGGAAAGAAGCCAUACCAAUGCCAGGAGUGUGGGAAAUGUUUUGCUGUGAGUUCAGACUUGGUGAAGCACAAAAGACUCCACACAGGAGAGAAACCAUACCAAUGCCAAGAGUGUGGAAAAUGUUUUGCUGCGAGUUCAACUUUGGUGAGCCACAAAAGACUCCACACAGGAGAGAAACCAUACCAAUGCCAGGAGUGUGGGAAAUCUUUUGCUGAGAGUUCAGCCUUGGUGAGGCACAAAAGACUCCACACAGGAAAAAAGCCACACAAAUGCAUGGAUUGUGGGAAAUGUUUUACUCACACUUCAUCCCUUAGGAAGCACCACAGAAUUCACACAGGUUAAAAAAGAAACAAAUGCCAGGCAUGUGGGAAAUGUUUUAUCGGUGUUCAUACUUUUUGAACCAUCAGAGAACGUACAGGAGAGAAAUCAUCCAAAGAGCUAAGAAAAAACAAAUAAAAUGUGUUGCAACAGGGAAA